CAGUUCAUGCCUAGCCGCGGACUGGCUGUUGACUCGUCUACAGGGUGUCGCAGGGUUCAUUCCGGAAGUAGGCGCUGGAAUCUUCGGCUUCCUGGACGGAAGUGUGUCACAACCUGGUGGUCGACCCUCGGAGGAAGUUCGUCACGUCGCAGUUGUCUCGGCACGGCGGAUGUGUGUCGCCGCUUAGGUGACGCUGGGAAGUGCUUGCAGCCCCCGCCGCUGCCUCUUGGUUGAAGCACUAUGGAGGGAGAGAGGAAGAACAACAACAAACGGUGGUAUUUUACUCGAGAGCAGCUGGAAAACAGCCCGUCGCGUCGUUUUGGCGUGGACUCCGAUAAAGAACUAUCUUAUCGCCAGCAGGCGGCCAAUCUACUCCAGGACAUGGGACAACGUCUUAAUGUCUCACAACUGACUAUCAAUACCGCUAUAGUAUACAUGCACCGAUUCUACAUGAUUCAGUCAUUUACACAGUUUCAUCGAUAUUCUAUGGCUCCAGCGGCCUUGUUUCUAGCAGCAAAAGUAGAAGAACAACCAAAAAAAUUGGAACAUGUCAUCAAGGUAGCACACACUUGCCUCCAUCCACAGGAGUCACUUCCUGACACAAGGAGUGAACCCAAGAUGGGAUUUCUCUGUGUAGCUAUCGAUGGUUGUAGACCAGGUCUUGAACUUACAGAAAUCCUUUCACUGUAUACCUCCACUGCCCUGCCAGUGUUUAAUUUUGAAAAUUAAAAACACACAUAUAUAAUAUAUAUAAACAUAUAUACAUACAUAUUAUCUAAAGGUUUGUCUUAAAAGUGAAAGCUAGCCAGGCAGUGGUGGUGCAUGCCUUUAAUCCCAGCACUUGGGAGGCAGAGGCAGGCAGAUUUCUGAGUUCAAGGACAGCCAGGGCUACACAGAGAAACCCUCUCGAAAAACAUCAAUCAAUCAAUAAAUUGAAGCUGCAUAAGAGCAAAAAGGAAUUAUAUCACCUGGAUAAGUUUCCACCCUGCAUGUCCAAAAUAUUUUUUUCUUACUCUUUCCUGUUUAAAAGGAUUUAAAAGGAUUAAAAGUGUGCGCCACCACUAUCUGACUAUUUCCAGCCUUUUAUUGAUGAUAUAAGCAUUCUCUUUGUUGGUGAUUUCUUUUUCUUUCUUCCUUCAUCUCUCUCUCUCUCUCCCCCCCUUCCCCUCCCUCCCUCCUCUUUCCUUCUCUCCUUCCCCCCCUUUCUCUCCUUUCCCCAACCCCCCCUCUCUUUCUCUUUUCCUUUUUUGUUUGUUUUGUUUAUGUUGAGAACAGGGUAUCUGUGUAUCUCUGACUCUCCUGGUGUGCACUCUACACCAGCCUAGCUUUGAACUAAAGAGACCAUCUGGCCUGCCUCUAUCUCUGAGUGCUGGGAUUAAAGAUGUACCAUCACACCCAGCUUUUUUUGUUUUUGUUUUUUCGAGACAAGGUUUCUCUGUGUAGCCCUGGCUGUUUUGGAACUCAUUCUGUAUACUAGGCUGGCCUUGAACUCAGAAAUCCUCCUGCCUCUGUCUCCCAAAGUGCUGGGAUUAAAGGUAUGCACCACCACAGCCCAGCCACACCCAGCUUCUUAACUUGGUAAGCAUUUGUUGUUGUUGUUUAAGACAGAGUUUCUCGAUGUAGUCCUGUUUGUCCUAGAACUAGUGCUAUAGAACAGACUGGGCUUGAAUACAGAUCCACCUGCUUCUGCAUCCUGAAUGUUAGGAUCAAAGGCAUGUGCUACUUGGCUGUACUAUGAGCUUUCCUUAAAGGUAAACUUUUGUUGUGGGCUUUUUUUUUUUUUAUGAGAAAGGGCCAAACUUAAAUAUCAAUCUGAAAAUGAGCCAAAUGCCUAGAAAUAUCAGGAUUUAUGUGUGUUUAUUUUCACAUUUGAUUUCAGCCAAAGACUGAGCAGCGUUAUGAUCAUUCUUAGAGUUCAUCCUUUUUAAUUUUUUCAAGUCAGGGGUCAAGGUCUUGAAAAUUAUUUCAGAGUAGAGUUUACCUCUUUUCUGUGAUAAGAAUGCUGUUGACUGCAGUUCCGUUGGUACCCUGGGCCUUCAUCCUGUGUGUGUGUGUGUGUGUGUGUGUGUGUGUGUGUGUGGUGAUGUUAGGUGUUGAAUCUAGGACCUCGGAAAAUGCUGGGCAAAAAUUCUAUUGUAAAGCCUUUCCCCCGAGCUGGAUUGGUUGUGCAUGCCUUUAAUCCUGGCACUUAGGAAGCAGAGGCAGGUGGAUCUCCUCGAGGGUCAGCCUGGUCUGUAUAAUGAGUCUGAGAGCAGCCAGGGCUACAUGGUGACAGCCUGUGCCUUAUAAAAAGAAAAAAGAAAAACACACCCAGAGUCCUUGGUUUUUGUAAAAAAGGAUGACUCCUGGUUUUCUUCAUUUAUUAAAAGAAAGAUUGUGGGAGGCUGAAGAGAUGGCUCAGUGGUUAAGAGCACACUGACUGUUCUUCUGAAGGUCCUGAGUUCAAAUCCCAGCAACCACAUGGCAGGUGACUCACAACCAUCUGUAAUGAGAUCUGAUGCCCUCUUCUGGUGUGUCUGAAGACAGCUACAGUGUACUUACAUAGAGCAAUAAUCCUUUUUUUUUUUAAAGAUUGUGUAUUUAAUUAAUUAACUAUGUGUAUAUGUACGUGUCUGUGAUUGUGGGUGUCCAUAGAGGCUGGAGAUCUUGAAUCUCCUGAAGCUGAGGUCUAAGUGAACUGCUCAGUGUGAGGCCAGGGUUGACAAUGACUAAGAGCUCUGUGUGGCUCUUAACUGCUGAGUGGCCAUCUCUCUGGUUCUGCUUUUUACAAGUCAGUGAUUGGAGGUGUUGGGAAUUCUAACACCCAUAGUGGAGGGAAAGUUAGAUUUCGGUUAGUAGGUUAUUUAAGUCUUUUAUGGGUAUAAGAAUCAUGGUUUAUGAAGAAGAUAUAUGGAAUUUUAUGUAUGUUUUUAUUUUUAGAAAAUUUCUUUAUUUUCUACUUUAGUAUUUGCUACAGAAGCAAGCACUGGUAUCCUAAGGAAAGAAGGGAUUCAUUUUGGUUCACGGUUUCAAAGAUUCCAGCCUGUGGUUACUUAGCUAUAUUAUUUUUGGUCCCAUGGCUAUGAGGCAGAGCACCAUGGCCAGGAAGGAGCAGGUGGGGAGAGCAAAGUGGUCAUCUGGUGAUAGAGCAACAGCAGAGAGCCUGGGAUGAGGUACAUUCUUUGACGGGCGUGCUUCUGUGACCUACUUCCAAGGUCCAGCCUUCUGUUUUCCUUCACCUCCCAACAAUGCCACCAGAUUAUAACUGCAUCUGGAUUAAUCCACUGAUGAGGUCAGAGCUCUUAUGAUCCAGUUACUUCCUAAAGGCCCAUCAGCUGAAAGCCACACUCUAACUUUCUCUUUUAAGUAUGUGGUAUGCCUUGUGCCUCUGUGUGUGUACCAGCCAUGUGGAGGUCAGAACAGAGCUUGGUGUCAUAGGUUCUCUUUCCCCCUUUACCUGGGUUCCUGGGAUCAGACUCAGGUUCCCAGCCUUGCAACAUUUUAACUGCUGAACCAUCUCUUUAGCCUAACUCUUGGAUCCUUUAACACAUGAGGCUGUGGGAGACAUUUCAUAUUCAAACCUUAACACUUUUCCCCUCUCCAGAGCAUAGUCACAUAAUUCCUUACUCUGAGCAUUAAGCCCAAAUGAAGUGGUAAUAGGAAGAUUUUUUUUCUCAAUAUAUGGAAAGGAGCUUGCAUAUCAUAUUCUUACUUAAUUUACUAAUAAUAUAAAGUUCAGUGUGACGCCAACUACAAUAUCAUUUUUUACCCGUAAGUGUGAAGUCCCAUGGCAAGAAUAAUACUCACCUUAUACUUUCCUGAUACGUAAACUUUUAUUUAGUAUUUUAUUUAUGUGGGUGUUUGUUUGUUUGUUUCAAGUCAGGGUUUCUCUGUAGCCAUGGCUAUCAUAGAACUCACUAUGUCGAUCAAGCUGUCUUUGAACUCAGUAAUCUGCCUGUCUCUGCUUCAGAGUACCAGGAUUAAGGCUGUGCCACCGCUGCCUGACAAAUUUUUAUUUUUAUUUUAUGUAUAUUCCUAUUUUGCCUGCAUAAAUGUGUAACUCAGAUCCCUAGAACUGAAGUUAGAGAUAGUUGUGAGCCACUGUGUGGGUGCCAGGAUAUUGAAUACAGGCUGUCUGGAAGAGUGGGAGGGGUUCUUAAAACUACUGAGUGUCUUUCUAGCCAGUAUGGUUGCUUAACCCAGAUUCCAUUUUUUUUUUUAGAUGAAUUCUUUCCAACAGAAAUAUAAGAGCCACAUUUAUAAAAUAUGAAAAAAUAAAUUUUUGUUAAACUUUAUUAAAAUCCUUAAAAUGAGUGGAAAGGAGGCAUAGCUCAGUGGUAGAGCACUUUAUUAGCAUAUGUGAGGCCUGGCUUCCUUUAAGAUUUUAAGGCUCCCUGGGUAGUGGUGGUAGCACCCACCUUUAGUCCCAGCAUUUGGGAGGCAGAGGCAGGAGGAUUUCUGAGUUGUAGGCCAGUCUGGUCUGCAGAGUGAGUUCCAGGACAGCCAGGGCUACACAGAGAAACCCUGUCUUGAAAAAAACCAAAAAAAAUUUAAAAAAUUAAAAAAAAAAAAGAAAAGAAAAGAUUUUUAAGGCUCAGUAUAGGGCAGACAGUGGCCCUAUUGGCAUGUGGAGAGCCAACUCCUCCAAGUUGUCCUUUUACCUACAUUGUUGCCUCUUCCCCCAUGUACCAUAAACAAAUGUAAAGAAGGUGAAUUUAGCUUUCAUUUCACAAUUUUAAUUUUCACUAGCCCUUUUUCCCAACUCUUCCUUUUACCUAAAGAAAUAAAAAAAAGAUUAAAUAAAAAAGGAAAGAUAGAAAUCCCUAAAUCUUAAGUUUCUUAUUUAGUUUCUUUGUUGUCCAAGACCAUAAUUAUUUGUAAAUCAUCCCUUAAAAUGACAACAUGUGUAUAAUUUAUAAAAUGAGCAAAACCAUCCUCCUCAACUUAAGGGACCGAGAUGAUGGUUUUAUAAGUGCUUCCUGCUGAAUUGGGGUAAAGAAUUCCUGUUUGGCGCCCAAAGGAAGUUGGGAAAAUGGCUAACUCAAAAGAAAGCUGGCUGUAGCAUUUGUUCAGUUUUUGUAUGUUGAGAAAGUCCAGAUUGGAACAGGCGGAGAGGCUGGACCAAGUGAGCUAGCUGUUCUGAAAAUGUCCAGGAAGCAAGUCUUCAGAGGAAACAGCUUUGAUGCGUUUGAGGGAGAAUCAAGCAGGGAGCUGGAGCAGCAGGAAUAGCAUCUCCGCAUCCCUGAGGGGAAUCCUGUAAGCCUGUCUGUCCCCCUGGUCUUCCAUUCUGCAGUGUACAAACCUGACAAGCAGUAUAUAGUUGAUACUAUAAAGACAUCUGUAUGGAAUGUGCACAAAUCAGUUAAGGAUGAUUUUUCUGUCUUUAGACGUUAGUUUGGAUUAUAUGUCAGAUUGUAAUAUUAAUUUUUAUACCAUUUUAAAAGAAUGGUAUGAAAAGUCUUGAGGAUUUUGUAGUCAACAAGAUCUGUUGGCUAUGCAAAGACAUUUUUUUGUCUUAUUCAGUCGCAGAGCUGUUCUCAAGUAGCAGAAUCAGUGCAUACUUUACCUGUCUUGUUGAUCUUGCCAAUCUCCCUCUGUAGCCAGGAUCUUCAGGGGGUCAUCCCUAGUUAAAUAUUUUCAAUAACUUAGAUGAAAAAUAAAACUUUAUUUUCCUAUUAGAACAGAUGUAAAAUCUCUUCCUCAACAUAACUCCUUUUUUUUUCAUUUUGGAAUUAGGACUUCUAUAGGCUGAUGUAAUUUAGCAGUCCUUUCUAAAAUCCAGUUGAGCUAUUUGUCUCAUUGGCUUUUUUAAAAAAAUUGAAAGUCAGGUCUGGAAAGAUGAUACUUAACCACUGGUUAAGAGCACUGCCUGCUCUUCCAGAGUUCAAUUCCCAGCAACCACAUGGUGGCUCACAACUAUCUGUAAUGGGAUCUGAUAACCUUCUUCUGGUGUGUCUGAAGAUUUUGUGUGUGUGUGUGUGUGUGUGUGUGUGUGUUCGUUCAGGGUCCUGUUAGAUCUUUCUAUGAUGGCUUGACCUGUAGUACUGUAAGCUAUAAAGCUAUAUCUGGAAUAGGCUUCAUGCCAUGGUGUCCAUAAAUUUGUUGUAUUUUAAUGUGAUUAUAUGUCUGAGCACUAUUGGUUUCUAUUUUCUUGCAAAGAACAUGUAUGAGUUUGACAUAUUUCUCUAUCAGUUAUCAUGCUUAGUUGCAAGUGAUAGAAAACCCAGAUCACCUUGGGAUAGGCAAAAGGGGACUGUAAUAGCUCAGGGUGGGUGAAAAAUAAAACAGGAAUAGAUUGGAUCUGUAAAGCAUCUCUAAGACAGCCAUCAUCUUUAAUGAAUGUGCAAUCUCAGAAUCCUCCCCUCAGAACUCAGGAGUCCAUUAGAACUCUGAACAUGUAUCAGUUGUAUGAUGUAUCAAUGUGCACAUCUUAGUUCUGCAAACUAUAAAAUGAAACACCAUCUAUUACCUGGCAUUGUUUUAAGGUAGCAUCAAUAAGCAAAAUCUGGAGUCUUAAUUCAAUAUAUUAUAUUUCUAUGGAUUGCCAUUCUAAUUUCUCAAGCCCCCGUGGAACCUUCCUGUCUGGAACUACAGUUUUUGAUAUUACUGUAUGUUCCAAAUUGGAUUCCUUUAAGGGUUUCCUAUUAUGAUUUAAAGAUUCUUUUCAUCUCUGUUUUAUGAUCUCUAAUUUAGUACCUAGUUUCUCAGUCUUCUUUCUUCAAGAUUAUCUUAUUAUGAUUUCUCCCAAAGAGGACACUGUAAUCACUGAAAAAAUAGCCAUUUGUGUGCUGAUGAGCUAAGCAAGAUUGUAUGCAAUCUAGAUACAGUACAUUAGGUGUUGUGUUUCCCUCCAUCCCAAAUUCAGAAGAGUUUUCCUUCUUCAUCUGAAACUUCUCCCUUAAGAACUUUAUUUUCUUAUAUUUAAAUUAAAUAUUUCUCUGAUUUUUUUAAAAAAUAUAUUUAGUUUCCCUUUUAUUGUUUUAAGUGUAAUACCUUAUCAGUUUUUGGUUUAUACCUUGUGGUGAGUAAGCCUCAUCCCAGCUGUUCAGCUAGCCAAAGGCUCAUGGCCUUUUGCCAGCUCUGGCCACGCCUCUCCAACCUGCUGUGCUUCUGCAAGGCUUUAUGCAUUCCCUGGGGAUCCUCUGGUGAUCCCUGGCCCAUGUGCCCUGCCAUGCUUGCUUGGGCCAAGUAAGCCCCUUUCUUGGUGCCUCUUCAGACAGUGGGCUGGGGACUCAGUGGGCCCAGAUUAGGCUGCUGUUUCUCUCUGUGGACCUUGGCACAAGCCAUGCUCUCUGCCAAGCAGUGCUGGCUUUCCAGGACAGCAUACAGCUCUUGGAAGAACUGCAGCCUGUGUGUGUGUCUGCAGCUGCAAGAGUGCAAUCAAAGACUUGUAGUCUAGCUGGACUGACCCCAUCAGCAGUGUUUUCAGGGAGUGUUGUGAAUCUACCCAGUAAACCUGUAAUCUAAAUUCAGAUUCUGAGUGAGUUCUUGCCCCACAUUGGUUUGCCCAUAUGUAGGACAACCGAUUUAUUAAGCUUAUCCCUGACUAGCUAAGAGUAAAUGAGGCUCAGACUAUGGUUAUUUUAUUCGGCUUUGGCAAUUACUGAUGGUCACACCUAAUCCACUUUUCUAACUGCUGGCCUGGCUACCUCCCUAAAGGUGGACCCCAAAUACUUGUUCUUUCUCCUAGCCGUGUGUUCAUGGCUCCUCUCCUCAAUCUUCCUCCUUAUUCCAACCCACCUGCCUCUAAUCCUCCACUAUUUUAUUUGACCAAUAGUUUUAGAAUAAGGAACAAGGUUUGCACAACCAAAGCUUGUUAACAUGAAAAUUCAUUCUUAGAGGGUACAGAAUUUAGCAUUACAUAACAGACCAAACUUCAACAUACAGGCUGGCUUCAAACUCAGAGAUCCAUUUCACAUGCCUAGCUCCUUUGAACUCUUGUAUUUAUUUUUAGAAUAAAUACAAGAGAAAAAUUGAAUGUUAGUCAAAUAUUCUGUUAAAAGAUCUGCAAAUGAAAUGUGAUGAUUCUUAGAGGUGUGAUAUUUCUCAUGUCUAGAUUAUCUGACUUCUAAGAUUUAAAAUACCUGAAAAUAAAUAUAGUUGUGCUUUUUUGUAGCCUUACAUUAAUAAAGUGUUAUCUUCCUUUCUAUCCUGAAUGGAAUAGGCAUAAAGACUAUAUAUUCCACUUCUAACACUGCCUUUUAUCUUCCAUUCUACCUCUC